AUGAUCUCUGCCGAUACAAUUUCCAAAAAGGAUUUCGAUCAACACCUGGCCCAGUACCCCUCUGUCAUUGAAGCCACUUCAGCCUCCAAGCCGGCCAAACCAGGCCAGAAAUCUUUGCAGGAGCUCGAUCAGUAUCGCUACGAUACGGCGCCCGGCUUAUUUUCACCAGAUGGCGACGGCUCUGUCAUGGACCUUGAUGCUAUCAAGGCUCUGGUUGAGUGGAAACUUCGCCAUGGGAAAUUUCGUCCAACCCUGAUGAGCCUGGUUUCCUCCAAUCCCAACGACUUUGUAAAUGAGAUCGUACAGGAGGCAACUCAGCUUUACAAGGAGACCAAGUCAAUCCCUGCAAGUCUCGCUAAAUGGACCAAGCUGAAAGGGAUUGGCCCCGCAACCGCCUCUCUUUUGUUAUCUGUCCAUGAUCCGGAGCAUGCCAUCUUUUUCUCGGAUGAAGCCUUUUACUGGUUAUGCGGCCAGGGGGGGAAACUCUCCAUCAAGUAUAACGUCAAAGAGUACCAAGAGCUUUGUCAGCAUGCAGAAGCCCUUAGAGGAAGACUCGGAGUAUCUGCCACGGACAUUGAGAAGGUGGCCUUUGUCUUAAUGAGACACCCUAGCAAUGAUGCCAAGCUAGACUCCUCAGGCACCAAACCAAUCGGUUCAAAGUCCGUGUCAGCAAAGCGAAAGGAAACCGUUGGCCCUGACCCGACGAAGGCGACCGUCAGGCGAUCGAAGAGAAUCAAAUCGUAG